AUGGUGUCCGCCGCUUCGAAUCCCUAUCGCAAGCGCAAUCUCUCGCCGACGCCGGCUUUUUACACCGAGUCGUGGUCUUGCGCGGCGGCGGAAAUUGCAGUGUUGUCGCUGACUGCGUAUCUGCUGCAUAUGCUCGACGAUGGGAGGAAUAAGCUCGUAUUCGAGUUCGGGAUGAACGAGACGUCUGCGCCGUUUGCGGUGCUGCGGGUGUCGGGGUGGGACGCGCUCGCGAUCGUCUCGCAAAUAUUCCUGAUGUUCUCAAAAUGCGUGUUCCGCAUCGCCGGAUUAUCGUAUCACUCCCUAGGCGCCCUGUUCCUCUUCUUCAUCGUCGCCGGGAAUCAAGCGCUCGCCGCGGCCGCCCCAGCGCUACACAGCGCUGAUCCCCACACAACCGCGCUCGCACUCGGGAGCGUAUCUGCCAUUCUGGCGCUUGCGUCGCGCGGAUGCUAUGAAUGCGCCAAGGAACUCUUCAUGCGUCCUCUGUCGCUGCACAGCCCAAAACAGAACCCGAGGCGGCUAUCGACGUCUUUACUCGUAUUCGAUACGCCUACGACGCAGAGCGUUGCGAAGAGUAGCUCUCAGGAACCUGAGGAUCUGUUGUUCGCCAGUGCGCGACAGAGCCCGGAGAUGCUGUGUCAAGAAGUCGAGACUUGCGAGCCCGAAGUUCAAGGUCAAGCUACGAUGCGCCCGCGCCGUCUAUCCUCACCCCGGCGCCGGACCGACUUUGGCUCAUUGCGACGGAGCAGCUCUGCCCGCGUGCCGACUGUGCAUUCUCCCACCAUCGAGAGGGCAUCGCUAUCGCUGAACGACUCCCGGGAGGCUACAAUGGAAGUGCCCAGCGAUCCCGAAGCGACUGUGCGUCCGCGCAAGCCUUCAUCGCCUCGUGCGCGGGCGGCGUACGAGGCUGUCGCCCAAACAACUACGAUACUCGCGCCACCACGACGCAGGUAUCGGUCGUCCGCGCCUGUGCCGGUUUUCGCGGGCCCUGGCGCUCAAUGA